CUAUCAUCAAAAAACAAUUGGCAAAAAUUUCAUCACAAUCAUUAUCAGAAGAAAGGAGUAUAGAGUUGUCGUGUAUCUUGAUGCUCCUCAUUCAUCUUUGUCAUAACUCACCAAACUCCGACACACCUCCUUACCCUACCCCGCACCCACUCCCUCUUCUUUUCUCCUUGAAAUAGGGAAAAGCAACUGAUCAAUCUCCCAUUUGUUGCCAUGAUGACACUAUAAACAGGUUCAAGCUUGAUUCUUUAACUACACCAGAUGAUUUUACUUUCCUUUGAAUUCUAUUAGUAUCUUGGUAUUUUUCAAAUGGUUUUUCUUUAUCUCAACUGGGUUGUGCUCUUUUUCUUCUUUUUUUCUCUGAGAUAAAAAUUGGGUCUUUGAUGCUUAGUCUUGGGUAUGAGUUAAAAAAAUUGGACCUUUGAUGCUUUAGUUUUCCAAAUUAAUUGAUUAUGACUUAAUUGGUUUUUGACAAACUUGAUUUGAUGGUUAUAGUAGCAGAUAUUUAGUCAAAGAGAAAAAGGGUGUGUAGAUAACAAAUUGUGGCUAUUGAAGAUAAAGAGUAUCACAGUUUUUGAGAAAACUGACUGUGUAUAGAAUCUUGAUCAUCAAAUGGCUGAGGUGAUUGGACCUAGAUUGUACAGUUGCUGCAAUUGUAAGAAUGAAGUUGCACUUCAUGAUGACAUUAUUUCUAAGGCUUUUCAGGGAAGAAAUGGUCGAGCAUUUUUGUUCUCUCACGCAAUGAACAUAGUCGUGGGACCAAAAGAGGAUAGGCAUCUCAUGACUGGUCUCCAUACAGUUGCUGAUGUCCAUUGCUGCGACUGUCGUGAGGUGCUUGGCUGGAAAUAUGAACGAGCAUAUGAAGAGGCACAGAAGUACAAGGAAGGAAAGUUCGUACUUGAGAAAUCAAAGAUUGUCAAGGAAAACUGGUAGUAGUCCACUCUGAAUUCUAUGAAAGUGUGUGGAUGCUCCUAUGUACGUACUAUGCUGUUAGAUCAAAUUCUCAUCAAUUCAAAAUGUCGAUUCAUUGCUUAUUACUGUAUAAAUUUCUUAUGUUUGUUGUUCGAUUGGAUUGGAUAUGUUGAACAAUCUUGUGAAUAAUCUAUCUCCAAAAUCAUAAUUUGUAAAUACCACAACAACAACAAUAAACAUACCUUAGCCCUACCUUUGUUGGGUAGAGAGGCUGUUUCCGAUAGAUUAUGAUAUUUGCUUUACUUGGUUUCUGCUAUGGAGUAACUGGAUUCUUCGUCUUGGAUAACACAUUCAUCUGACAAGUCAGCACUGAAUUAUUCAUCUGCAAUCUUGUUUUUGCUCCAUUUUUUAGUGGGCUUCCAUGAGAAGCUAUCAAGUAAUAUGAUGUAUUGUAAAUGGGGAAGACACAACUUGGAAGAUGACAUAGCUGGAGUAAUGAGAAGUCCAUUGAAUUGACCAUAUGACACGAUAAAGA